CUGACAUUUUCUGUCUCUGUGGUUGGGUUGGGCAGAUGGAGAGGGUGCUCAAGGAUGAUGCUAUCCAGGAGAAGGCCGAGCGCGCCAGGAUGGCAUCUUUUGUAAGUGCCAUGGCGAACGCAGACUUAGCCAAGACCACAUCUGGACCAAAAGGAAUGGACAAUAUCCUUCAGUCAACUGGCCGAGGGCCGAGUGUCACCAUUACAAAUGAUGAUGCUCCCAUUUUGAAGUCACUUCAGAUCGACAACCCUGCUGCGAAGGUCCUUGUUGACAUCUCAAAAGUCCAAGAUGAUGAAGUUGGUGAUGGAACAGCUUCUGUUGUUAUUUUGGCUGGAAAACUGUUGAGGGAAGCUCAAAAGUUGGUUAACAUGAAGAAUCAUCCCAUGACUAUUAUUGCAGAUAAACCCAAAAAGACAAAACCUUUUAAGCGAGGGCAUAAAUAAAGUUGAGUUCAUAGCUGGCGAGGUCUUCAGAACUGCGCUGGGAUGGAAGAUAACUCGCUGGAUUGUUGCAACCUAAAAUGAAGCAUUCCAUCAGUAAAAGCUCCUUUCGACUUAUGCCGACGGCUGCUGGACUAUCUUAUACCUCCCUAGUUUGGUGCUUAUGUUCUUUUGUGUGUCGUUAAAACUAUCUAAAACCUAAGACAGUAAACAUCCGUGAUGGAGAUCUGAGCCAUGAAAAUCCCAAGAGGAUGAAUGUUGAAGUUUAAA